AGUGAGCUGAGAUGGCGCCAUUGCACUCCAGCCUGGGCGACAGAGCUAGAUUUUGGGGGGGGGAGGGGGAAGAAAGGCACGAAGAAGUUUUUCAGGCAGAGGAGGAAGGACCAUCUAGGCGCUGAAACAGCACAGGCAAAGGUAUGAAGAGUGCUUGUCCUGCUGGGUUUCGGGGGAAUCUAGUCUUGCUGGAGUGUACAAAGUGGGGCGAGGAAGGUGAGAGAUGGCUCAGUUAUGAAAAUGUCUGAAUAUCUUGCAACCUCCGUUCUUGUUCUUAUCUCCAAGCCUUUACUUGUGCGACGACCCUGCCGGGGACACCACUUAGCCCCCUCCCUUAGGGCCUCUCUGCACCCAAAAAGGCAGAUUCUUGGCUCUCCCUCGUGUUUCUUAUUUGUCUGUUUUCUCUCCUUCCAGGUAACACCCUCGCCCCAUCCUUUUGGCCUCCUCCAGUCAAACCUGGUGGGAUAUGGAUCUCCCCCCCACCCCCGCGUCUAUCCCCACCCCAGUGGGCUGCACAUUUGCCAGGGGCGAUCUCUCCAGAGCGAGGCAGCUUGCGCCCCCCCCAGGAGGGCACCUCCUCCUCGCCAGGCCUCGCCGGGGCAGGGAGGUCUCAGAGUCAGGGAGCCCCGAGGCUGUCCCCAGCAGUCGGAUGGGAAAGUGGUUGGCUGUGGGGCGGGACAGGACCGUUCCCCUACCUGUAGCUGGAGCCGAAGCUUCGGAAAGUGUUCCUGGGAAAGAACGGGGCGGGUGAACCCGAGAUGGGAAGGGGCGACCCUCUCUGGGCGCCUCGCUAGACCUCGGGAGCCACCCCCUCUCCCCGCCAUCCCUCCUGAAGGGCUCCAGGGCGCCUACACCCAAUGCAAACGCCUCCACUCCGCAAGGGUGGAGUUGUCAGGGAGGACAAGGUGCUCCGUUUAGUAGGAAUUACACGUGUAUUCAUUUGAAAUUGUAAUUUGUUUCUGGUGUAUUGGAGCCAAUUUUUCCCAGUUCUCACGUUUUCAAGGGUCAUUGCGUGUGCGCUAGGAAAACGGCCCAGACCUCAUCCUCCCUCCUCCGGAUAUGGGGUCCCGGGGCGCGUGGCGUCACUUACAGGGAGUCGAAAGGCAGGGGCUUCUGUCCGUAGCGGUCCAGGCUGGGGUUCUGGUUGAGGCAGUACUGAGGCGGGCAGCAGGGAUAGGGGCGCGGUGAGUCGGGGGAGCACGGACGCCCUGCCCACGCCCCACACAGGGCUUCCUGCUAGAGACCGUGGUCCUGAAGACUGGGAGGCCCUGCUCUGGGUCUCCUCCCCGCCUCAACUCCCGUCUUAAGCCGCUCCCCACCAGGACCCCCCUCUCCCCGCCCAGGGACGGGUCUGCGCGCAGCGCUCCCUACCCGCCAGCUCUGGGUCACGUCCGGCUUCAAGUACCGCACCGCGUAGCCGCUGAGACCCUCCACUGCGAACAGAGAGCCCCCUCUCCUGCGCUCAUCCGCCUCCCAGGACAAACCCCGCCUCCUUACCUAAGCCCCGCCCACAAUCCAGCCCCAGCCACACAUGUUCUGAAAACAGGUCCCGCCUCCGCUACCCUGCAGGGCAAACCCCCACCCCGACGGCUCCUCCUGGCUCCGCCCCCUUCUCAUGGGCAGUCCUGCUUCCAGAUCCGCGCGCGCGUCUCGGCCCCACCCACCGCAAGUGCCACCCCUGCACCCCAGUGGUCCAGCCCUGUCUCUGCCUGUCCCGCCGCCUACGUUCCUGUGCGCAGUCCACGCUCCCUGCUCCAGCCCCGCGGCCCACCUGCCCUGCGCUUCCUUUAGCGACCGGACCCGUGUGGCAACUCUGGUGAUCUCCGUGUGGUCUCUGACACCCUCAGCCCACCUGUCACCCAAGCUGGAGCCUAGGUGUCAGGAUGUUGGGCUGGGUCCAGAGGGUGCUGCCUCAGCCCCCAGGAACCCCUCGGAAGACCAAGAUGCAGGAGGAAGAGAAAGUGGAACCAGAGCCAGAGCUGGAGGCAGAGGUGGAACCAGAGCCAAACCCUGAGGAGGCUGAGACAGAGUCCGAGUCCAUGCCCCCCGAAGAGUCACUCAAGGAGGAGGAAGUGGCUGUGGCGGACCCAAGUCCUCAGGAGACCAAGGAGGCUGCCCUUACUUCUGCCAUAUCUCUCCAGGCCCAGGGUGCUGAGAGUUCUGAAAUGAACAGUCCCAGCCGCAGGGUGCUGACCUGGCUCAUGAAGGGCGUGGAGAAGGUGAUCCCACAGCCUGUCCAUAGCGUCACAGAGGACCCGGCUCAGAUCCUGGGGCACGGCAGCACUGGGGACACAGGGUGCACAGAUGAACCCAAUGAGGCCCUCAAGGCCCAAUACAUGAGGCCCGGGUCACGGCUGCUCCUGUGGCUGGAGCAGAAUCUGGAGAGAGUGCUUCCUCAGCCCCCCAGAUCCUCCGAGGUCUGGAGAGAUGAGCCUGCAGUUGCUACAGGUGCUGCCUCGGACCCAGUGCCUCCAGGACGCCCCCAGGAAACAGGGCCCAAGCUGCAGGCCCGGGAGAGCGCCCCCCUGCCCACUGCCAUCCCCCUGCAGCCCAAGGAGGAACCCAAGGAGGUGCCAGCUCCAGAGCCCCAGCCUAGCUCCCAGGCCCAGGCCUCCUCCCUGCCACCACCCAGGGACACUGCCAGGCUGGUGGCGUGGGUCCUGCACAGGCUGGAGAUGGCUUUGCCGCAGCCAGUGCUACAUGGGAAGAUAGGGGAACAGGAGCCUGACUCCCCUGGGAUAUGUGAUGUGCAGACCAUCAGCAUCCUUCCUGGAGGGCAGGUGGAGCCUGACCUCGUCCUAGAAGAGGUUGAACCGCACUGGGAGGAUGCCCACCAGGAUGUCAGUGCCAGCUCGCAGGGUACAGAGUUGGUUCCAGCUUAUGAAGAGGAGAACAAAGCCGUGGAAAAGAUGCCGAGAGAGCUGUCUAGGAUUGAAGAGGAGAAAGAAGAUGAGGAGGAGGAAGAGGAAGAGGAGGAGGAGGAAGAGGAGGAGGAGGUGACUGAGGUGCUGCUGGAUAGCUGUGUGGCGUCGCAGGUGGGCGUGGGCCAGAGCGAAGAAGACAGGACCUGGCCCCAGAGCGCUUCAGACCAGAAGCUGUGGGAGGAAGCUGGGGAGGAGGCCGAGAAGGAGGCUGAAGAGAAGGCCAAGGAGGAGGCUGAAGAGGAGACUGAAAAGGAACACCAGGACCACGCGGAGACCAAGGAGGAGCCUGAGGCUGAGGCCAAGGCUGCCAGUUCAGGAGUGCCUGCCACGAAAGAGCACCCGGAAGUGCAGGUGGAAGAUACGGAUGCUGAUAGCUGCCCCCUCUUGGUAGAAAAGAAUCCACCCUCACCCGUGUUGCCGCCACCGUCUCCUGCCAAAUCCGACACCCUCGCAGUCCCAAGCUCAGCCUUGGGGACACACAGAAAGAAGCUGCCCUCUGAGGAUGAUGAGGCUGAAGAACUCAAGGCGUUGUCACCAGCUGAGUCCCCAGUGGUUGCCUGGUCGGACCCCACCACCCCGAAGGACACUGACGGCCAGGACCGUGCGGCCUCCGCGGCCAGCACAAAUAGCGCCAUCAUCAACGACCGGCUCCAGGAGCUGGUGAAGCUCUUCAAGGAGCGGACAGAGAAAGUGAAGGAGAAACUCAUCGACCCUGACGUCACCUCUGAUGAGGAGAGCCCCAAGCCCUCCCCAGCCAAGAAAGCCCCAGAGCCAGCUCCAGCCACGAAGCCCGCAGAAGCCGAGCCAGUGGAAGAGGAGCACUAUUGCGACAUGCUCUGCUGCAAGUUCAAACGCCGCCCCUGGAAGAAGUACCAGUUUCCCCAGAGCAUUGACCCACUGACCAACCUGAUGUAUAUCCUGUGGCUGUUCUUCGUGGUGAUGGCCUGGAAUUGGAACUGUUGGCUGAUUCCCGUGCGCUGGGCCUUCCCCUACCAGACCCCGGACAACAUCCACCUCUGGCUGCUGAUAGAUUACCUGUGUGACCUCAUCUACUUCCUGGACAUCACAGUGUUCCAGAUACGCCUGCAGUUUGUCAGAGGCGGGGACAUCAUUACGGACAAAAAGGACAUGCGAAAUAACUACCUGAAGUCUCGCCGCUUCAAGAUGGACCUGCUCAGCCUCCUGCCCUUGGAUUUUCUCUAUUUGAAAGUCGGCGUGAACCCCCUCCUCCGCCUGCCCCGCUGUUUAAAGUACAUGGCCUUCUUCGAGUUUAACAACCGCCUGGAAUCCAUCCUCAGCAAAGCCUACGUGUACAGGGUCAUCAGGACCACAGCCUACCUUCUCUACAGCCUGCACUUGAAUUCCUGUCUUUAUUACUGGGCAUCGGCCUAUGAGGGCCUGGGUUCCACUCACUGGGUUUACGAUGGCGUGGGAAACAGUUAUAUUCGCUGUUACUACUUUGCUGUGAAGACCCUCAUCACCAUCGGGGGGCUGCCUGACCCCAAGACACUCUUUGAAAUUGUCUUCCAGCUGCUGAAUUAUUUCACGGGCGUCUUUGCUUUCUCUGUCAUGAUUGGACAGAUGAGAGAUGUGGUAGGGGCCGCCACCGCGGGACAGACCUACUACCGCAGCUGCAUGGACAGCACGGUGAAGUACAUGAACUUCUACAAGAUCCCCAAGUCCGUGCAGAACCGCGUCAAGACCUGGUACGAGUACACCUGGCACUCGCAAGGCAUGCUGGAUGAGUCAGAGCUGAUGGUGCAGCUUCCAGACAAGAUGCGGCUGGACCUCGCCAUCGACGUGAACUACAACAUCGUUAGCAAAGUCGCACUCUUUCAGGGCUGUGACCGGCAGAUGAUCUUUGACAUGCUGAAGAGGCUUCGCUCUGUUGUCUACCUGCCCAAUGACUAUGUGUGCAAGAAGGGGGAGAUCGGCCGUGAGAUGUACAUCAUCCAGGCAGGGCAAGUGCAGGUCUUGGGCGGCCCUGAUGGGAAAUCUGUGCUGGUGACGCUGAAAGCUGGAUCUGUGUUUGGAGAAAUAAGCUUGCUGGCUGUUGGGGGUGGGAACCGGCGCACGGCCAACGUGGUGGCCCAUGGGUUUACCAACCUCUUCAUCCUGGAUAAGAAAGACCUGAAUGAGAUUUUGGUGCAUUAUCCUGAGUCUCAGAAGUUACUCCGGAAGAAAGCCAGGCGUAUGCUGAAAAACAACAACAAGCCCAAGGAGGAGAAGAGCGUGCUGAUCCUUCCGCCCCGGGCGGGCACCCCGAAGCUCUUCAGCGCUGCCCUCGCUAUGACAGGAAAGAUGGGCGACAAGGGGGCAAAAGGCGGCAAACUUGCUCACCUCCGGGCCCGGCUCAAAGAACUGGCCGCGCUGGAGGCGGCUGCAAAGCAGCAAGAGUUGCUGGAACAGGCCAAGAGCUCGCAAGACGCCAAGGGAGAGGAAGGCUCGGCCGCCCUAGACCGGCCCACGCCCCCAAAGGAGGCCACCCCCGACCCACCCGCGCCCCAGACGCCCCCCGAACCCCUGGGGUCUCCACCGCGCUCUCCACCGCCUGCCUCCCUUGGGAGGCCCGAGGGAGAAGAGGAGGGGGUGGCCCAGCCUGAGGAGCACUCGGUAAGGAUCCGCAUGAGCCCAGGCCCGGAGCCCGGCGAGCAGAUCCUGUCGGUGGAGAUGCCGGAGGAAAAGGAGGAGAAGGUGGAGUAAGGUGUGGUGAGGUGGCUCCCACGCGCAGUUCCGGCAGGUGUGCCCCCAAUGCCCGCUGCGCCCCUGCGCUCCAGCUUCCCCCACGGCCCAAGAGGAGAUGUUUUUCCGCAGUCGUGGCCUCAGUGGCUGCAGCUCUGACCGCCCUGCCAGCACGCCAGCCCCGACUCAGCUCCUUGCGGGCUGGGCCUGAGCUCGACACAUUUCAUCAAGUGUUCCAGUCCCUGAGCUCUCAGUAUCAGUUGAGAGCCCUGCCUUUUCCUGACUGUUCCUUUUUUAAAGAACAAAAUGAUGUUCCACUUUUAAAGUUCAUGGGUGGGGGAUAAAAUGAGGCUCCAAUAUAUGGGAAGCUUUGUUGAAAAAGUAAAGGGUUAUUGAAUGUGUGGGGUUUCCCCUCAGGAAUUUGUCUAACACAUUUCAAGGAUAGAAAAUACUUCACGGCCGGGCAUGGUGGCUCAUGCCUAUAAUCCCAGUGCUUUGGGAAGUCGAAGGAGGAGGAUCACUGGAGGCCAAGAGUUGGAGAGCAGACUGGGCAACAUAGCGAGACCCCAUCUCAAACAAAAACAAAACAAAACAAAAUAGGCAGGUGUGGUGGUGUGCACCUGUAGUCCCAGCUACUGGAGAGGUUGAGGCAGGAGGAUGGCUUGAGCCCAGGAGUUUCUGGCUGUGGUGAGCUGGACACAGUGAGACCUUGUCUCAAAGAACUAAAAGAUAGCCAGGCACAGUGGUUCACAUCUGCAAUCCCAGCACGUUGGGAAGCUGAGAUGGGAGGAUUGUUUGAGACCAGGAGUUCAAGAUCAGCCUGGGCAACGUGUUGAGACCCCAUCUCUACAAAACAGUAGCAGAAACAAAAGCAAACAACAACGUACACAAACAAAGAAACAAAGAAAGGAGGGCAGCCGAGCUGUUCAGCUGAGAAUUGCCUGGUUCUGAGCUGAGCUUGGGACACUGUUUUCUUUUGCGGGCAAUCACACUAGGGGGCUGGAUACCCAUUAGGGUAGUUAGUGCUUAUCUUCCUCAGACUCUAUUCAAUUCCAGUGCAAUGCCAUUAUCUCAGAACAGAUAGAAGGGAAAUGGACUUACUGGCCAGGGACUGCUAGCGUUUCUGCCUCUGCCAGGAGGACAGCCCGGUAGGAGCAUCCUCUGCCUAUUAUCCUGAGAAACCCCAUUCGCCAGCAGGGAUCAGUCCGUUACUCACUUUUGACACUCUCGCUGUAGAGAUGGUGGCAGCAACUUCAAUUAAUCCUAGAAAAUGAAAUCUCCCAGCUGAUGACAGCACUUACAUUCCCUAAAGCUUUCCAGAUCAUGUCAUGUUGCUUUUAUGAUUCAGACAAAAAAAAAAAAAAAAAAGAAAGAAAGAAAAAAGGAUCAUUCAGGGAAUGAAUAUUUAUCGAGAGGAUUUUAUUUGCAUACUGAAUGGCUCUUGGGGGAGUGAGUGAUUAAAAAUAAAAUCUAGCAUUCUAGUAUUAGGCCAUUUGUUUCCACCUGCAACAGUGAACAUAAAGGACCUGGAAUUCCAAUAGGUCCUGCCCAUUUUAUAUAAAAUUACAGGAAAACGUGAGCUGCUCAGAGGCCUUUAAGGUUUGCAAAUGUCUAUAUGUAUUUGUCCAUCCACUAAAAACAACAUUCAUUUCCACUGCAGAAAAUUGAAAGAAUGUGGGAGUCCCCAGGCUGGUCUAAGCAUUUCCAAAUCCCAGAGUCACAAACAGAUUUGUCUAGUUGAUGGCUUGUCACAUGAUCCGGGUAAUCAUCACAUUGAAUAUAGUGAUUGACCUUAUUAUUUUACCUUUUUUUUUUUUAAAAAAAAAAAAAGCUUUUAAAAUGUAUUUUAAUAGACAAUAACAUAUUUACAUGGGUACAAAAGGAUAUCCAAUAAAAAUUCUUCAUCCUGCCCUGGUACCCAGCUUCCUUGGUUCCCUCUCUGGAAGCAACCACUGUUAACAGUUUCUCCUGUAUCAUUUCAGAGUUAUUUUAUGCUUAUACAAGGAAAUAUGUAACUGCUUCUUCCCUUCCUUUUUAAUUUUAACAGAAGUGGUAACACAUAUUAGAACCACUGUUAUUUUUCACUUAAUUUACUUUGGAGAUGGUUCCCUAUCCUUAAAGAGCAUGCUUAUUUUUUUGGUGACAGCAAUCUAGUUUGUUGUAUGGAUGUAUGAUAACAUUUAAACCACUCUCCCAUUGAUGGGCAUUUGCGUUGUUUCCAAUCUUACACUGUUAAAAAUAAUGCUGCAAUAAAACAAUCUUGUGCAGACAUAA